AAAGCCCAAUGACCAAUAAGGGGUACAUUUUACGAUGUAUCGAUAUUGACAGCUUCAAGACUAGAGCAUGCUCGCAUUUCGGGCUUCUCUACCGUCAAAGAACGAGCCACUUCAUAUCCUCCUGGUCCGAAAUUCAGCUUGACUCAAAUACACGCAAAUAAUGAAGUUGGUUCUGCGUGACCAAGAAACCUUUAUCUGUCCCCAAAGCGCCAGCUCAAGGGUUGCUGUUAACCUGCGCCAGUACAUCUUAUUUGGACCAGUGUCGUCGGUAAAGAUGAUAUCACGAAAGAGACGCAGCGAGCCGUGCGCCAUCGAGGUGGCCAAUGGCAAGAACGAUAACGAGUUUCUCAAAGACUACAUACAAAAAACUGGGGGACCGGCAGAGUGGGCUUCGACCUGGAGGCAUCCUUCGAGCGGCAAAGACUACGAGGUCAGUCCGACACGGUCGGCGCUCAUGUCAGCCACCGACCUCACCGCGUGUCUGGGCAUGGUCGAGCUCACGAGCGGGGAGGACUACCACAACUCGUCGGUCGGGUGGGACCGCGACGCGAAGCUGGCCGAGAUGAAGUCGCCGGACCUCCGCUACAUACUCGUCAGGGACGCCGCGGGGGUCAUCGCGGCCUUCACCUCGCUCAUGCCGACGUACGAGGAGGGGCAGCCGGUGGUGUAUUGCUACGAGAUACACCUGCUCGACCAAGUCCGCAGGACCGGGCUCGGAAAGCUGCUCAUGGGCUAUCUGCUCAACGCGGCGGCCAACAUGCCGCCGGUUGACAAGGUGAUGCUCUCGUGCUUCGCGGCCAACACGGGGGCUAGAACCUUUUACAACAAGAUGGGGUUCGAAAUAGACGAAUUAUCACCACAGCCCAGGAGGCUGCGCGGGGGGCGGACCCGGGAGCCGGAUUAUUUGAUCUUGAGCUGCGCCAUCGGGCGAAGUCUGCGGGACCAACAACAGGCGCAGCAGCUCGCCGCAGCCUCGCGCAACCGCUCGGUCGCGGGACUCGGGAGCAAGGAUGGGGGCUCCAGCUUGGGCAAGGGUGCCGAAUAGGCGACGACGGGGUGGACCGGGUCGCCAGGGGGGGGGAGGACAAACUGACGGGAUCCACGCGCGCGCGGACGAGCUCGGCACGGGGGUCUGUGCAGUUACCACCAAGAAGCUGUGAUUUCCAGACCAGGCCAGAAAGCUGUCGGCUCCAAACACAAAAAAAGCGACCCUAGGAUCUGGAAUAGAAACCAGAUGUGCCAGACUGGUGGUCCAUGCUUCUUCUUUCUUGUCACAUGGGAAGCGUGGAAUGCGACGGCGUCGAGGAUGACGUUGGCGGAGGGAUGCGGAGAGUUUGCACAAAUAUCUAUCUGAUGGCGAUUGCACAUGGUAUCGUUAUUUCCGUCAUGUGAGGAUUUUCCAUGCCGUCGGCCUGCACAUCCAAAGGCAUGGAAGAGGUCUUCUCCGGUCAGCCCUAAAAAGAAACAGCGCAAUGAAUGCAUCUGCCACUUAAAAAGGGGCGAAGGAAGCUGCGCCUUGGCGGGGAGGCUUCUGAUUUGCUUCUCGCAUUGGGACCCUGGACCGAGACCCAUCAUUGGUGUCCG